GCGAUGGAGACGCCUGGCGCUGCGGUGCGGGCCGUGCUGGUGCCCGCGGCGUCCGGGACCCGGAGGAAGCGCGCCGCCGGAGAGGCCGGGGCUCCGACGAGCGGGCAGCGGGUCCUGGACGAGGAUGAGUACAUCGAGGGCCUCCAGAUGGUCAUCCAGAGGGACUUCUUUCCUGAUGUGGAGAAGCUGCAGGCACAGAAGGAGUACCUGGAGGCCGAGGAGAAUGGAGACCUGGAACGGAUGCGCCAGAUCGCCAUCAAGUUUGGCUCUGCCCUGGGCAAGAUGUCCCGAGAGCCCCCUCCGCCCUAUGUGACUCCAGCCACAUUUGAAACCCCUGAGGUGCACACGGGCACCGGGGUGGUGGGCAGUAAGGCCCUGGGCCGGGGCCACAGCCUGGAGGACGGAGAGGCCACAGAGGAGGAGGAAAGGGAAGCCCUGCCCAGCCUGGACGUCUUCCUGAGCCGGUACACGAGCGAGGACAACGCCUCCUUCCAGGAGAUCAUGGAGGUGGCCAAGGAGAAGAGCCGGGCGCGCCACGCGUGGCUCUACCAGGCCGAGGAGGAGUUUGAGAAGAGGCAGAAGGAUAAUCUCGCGCUCCCGUCGGCAGAGUGCCAAGCCGUGGAGAGUGGCCAGGCUGGUGUGGAGACCUGGAAGUACAAGGCCAAGAACUCCCUCAUGUACUACCCAGAGGGCGUCCCCGACGAAGAGCAGCUCUUUAAGAAGCCACGGCAGGUGGUGCAUAAGAACACCCGCUUCCUCAGGGACCCCUUUAGCCAGGCCCUCAGCAGGUCCCAGCUGCAGCAGGCCGCUGCCCUCAACGCCCAGCACAAACAGGGCAAGGUGGGACCGGAUGGCAAGGAGCUUAUCCCCCAGGAGUCCCCUCGCGUGGGCGGAUUUGGAUUCAUUGCCACACCUUCUCCUGCCCCUGGCGUGAACGAGUCCCCACUGAUGACUUGGGGGGAGGUCGAGAACACGCCCUUGAGAGUUGAAGGAUCUGAAACACCCUACGUGGACAGGACGCCAGGGCCAGCCUUCAAGAUCCUGGAGCCGGGCCGCAGGGAGCGGCUGGGGCUGAAGAUGGCCAACGAGGCUGCUGCCAAGAACCGGGCUAAGAAGCAGGAGGCCUUGCGGAGGGCGACGGAGAACCUAGCCAGCCUCACCCCCAAAGGCCUGAGCCCAGCCAUGUCCCCAGCCCUGCAGCGCCUCGUGAGCAGGACGGCCAGCAAGUACACGGACCGGGCCCUGCGUGCCAGCUACACACCGUCCCCAGCACGCUCUACCCACCUCAAGACUCCAGCCGGCGGGCCCCAGACCCCGACGAGCACACCGGCUCCUGGCUCUGCCACACACACCCCCCUCAGCCAGGAUCCGGCCUGCAUCACGGACAACUUGCUGCAGCUCCCCGCCCGGCGCAAAGCCUCGGACUUCUUCUAGUCCGUCCUGGGCUGGGCCCGCGGGAGCUUCAUGGAGCCCUCAGGGCAGCUCUCUGCCCAGCAGAGGACUC